AGCGUAACCCCGACAAAAUAUUUCCCACAAUACUAGAAUUCCGAACCACCGAAACACACCACCAAACGACAAUGGUUUCCGAAUCGAGAAGCGGCAGCGCUGCAACUCCUCCACCCAGCAGUCCCAUCAAAACGGUGGUCGUUUUGGUCCAAGAGAACCGCUCCUUCGACCACAUGCUGGGAUGGAUGAAGUCCCUAAACCCCGAGAUCAACGGGGUCACCGGCUCCGAAUCAAACCCCAUUUCCACCUCUGACGCCAACUCAACCCAAGUCUUCUUCCGCGACAACUCUGCCUACGUCGACCCUGACCCCGGCCACUCCAUCCAAGCCAUCUACGAGCAAGUCUUUGGCGAGCCGUGGACGGAGGCCUCCACUUCGAAAACCCUACCUCCGAAAAUGAACGGUUUCGCCCAAAACGCUGAGAAGACACAAACCGGUUUAGCUGAGACGGUGAUGAGUGGUUUUAAGCCAGAAAACGUCGCAGUUUACAGGGAACUAGUGAAGGAGUUUGCGGUGUGCGACCGGUGGUUUGCGUCCGUUCCGGCUUCGACGCAGCCGAACCGGCAGUACGUGCACUCUGCGACGUCGCAUGGGCUGACGAGCAACAAUACAAAGAAGCUGAUUGAAGGGAUGCCUCAGAAGACUAUAUUUGAGUCGUUGGACGAAGAAGGCUUUUCUUUCGGAAUUUACUAUCAGUACCCUCCUGCUACCCUUUUGUAUAGAAACCUUAGAAAGUUGAAGUACGUUAAAAACUUCCAUCAGUUUGAUCUAACAUUCAAGAAGCACUGCAAGGAGGGAAAGUUACCAAACUAUGUGGUGGUCGAGCAAAGGUUCUUUGAUCUGCUAUCAAUACCUGGGAACGAUGAUCAUCCGUCUCACGACGUCUCUGAAGGCCAGAAGUUUAUAAAAGAAGUGUAUGAAGCACUAAGAGCAAGUCCCCAAUGGCCUGAAAUGCUGUUCGUUAUAAUAUAUGACGAGCAUGGUGGUUUCUACGAUCACGUUCCAACACCAGUUACAGAUGUUCCUAGUCCGGAUGAUAUCGUUGGUCCCGAGCCAUACAACUUUAAAUUUGAUCGUCUUGGUGUUCGGGUUCCAGCCAUUUUAAUUUCUCCGUGGAUUGAACGCGGAACAGUGUUGCAUGCGCCUUCAGGGCCAUAUCCCUCGUCACAGUUCGAGCACUCCUCAAUCUCAGCAACUGUUAAGAAGAUUUUCAAUCUGAAAGAGUUUCUGACAAAGCGUGAUGCAUGGGCGGGAACCUUUGACAUUGUCCUCAAUAGAACAAGUCCAAGAACUGAUUGUCCAGCUACUUUGCCUGAUCCUAUGAAACUACGAGAGGCUGUAUCUAAAGACGGGGCAAAAGUAAGUGAUUUUCAAGAAGAAUUAGUACAAUUGGCUGCGGCAUUAAAUGGAGACCAUAGAAAAGAUAUAUAUCCUCACAAACUGGUGGAGAACAUGACUGUUUCAGAGGCUGUCAAAUAUUGUGAAGAAGCAUUUAACAAGUUCUUACAUGAAUGUGAGAAAGCCAGGGAGAGUGGAACAGAUGAAUCUGAGAUUGUCGUCUGUGCAACCUCACCUACACCGCCCUCCACCAAGUCGUUUGCUCAAAAAAUAUUUUCUUGUUUGGUUUGUGAUCACUGAUGUCCCGAUUGUUAGGGUUUAUCUCGACACAUGUUUCUGUUGGAAAACAUAAAGUAAAAGAAAAGUAUUUUAUAGAUUUAAUCUAAUUAGGGAUUUGAUUUGAUUUAAUUUGGUAUAGGUUCCUUGUCUUGUGAACAAAGGUUUGAUUUUAUUUAUUUUCUAUUAUUGCUCCAUUGUAUUCUUAUAAAUAACUCCUUAUGGAGAAGAAUAAAAUAUAGAAGUUGGAUUCCGAA